AUGGCAGAAGAAUUUUUUUCGGCGUCAAUCGCCCGAACUGCAAACAUAAGUUCAGAGCAGCUUCGAACCGCAAUCAAGAACGAAGGGGUGUCGCUGUCAGACGAGAAGGAGUGGAAGCUGGCCAAGUGCAUCCUGCGUUUCUCGGAGGUUGUGUCCAAGUGCCUCGAUGACCUCCUGCUGCACAGCCUGUGCGACUACGUGUACGAACUCUCCUGCACUUUCACCGAGUUCUAUGACAAGUGCUACUGCUUUGAAAAGGACCGCAACACUGGGGCAAUACUGAAGGUGAACAUGGGGCGUAUACUUCUCUGUGAGGCCACAGCAAACAUCAUAGCUGCUGCCUUCCACAUUCUGGGCAUCAAACCCGUAGAGAAGAUGUGA